UGUGGUUUUUUCGUCUCCUUAUCCCUGCUUCACUUCCUGAAUCGUCUCGGCUCUGUUUACAUCAGACGUUGGUCUACGUUUGACAAGAAGGACCGAGCGCGUGGCUCCGUGUUUCUGUCUCCUGUCUCAAACAUACAUGAUACCGACCCGCUGAUCCGGACGGUUCCGUCGAACACACGUACCGGGGUGGAUUAAGAGGAACCAUGGGCCCGCCUGCUGCCUUUCACGCGCAGCUCGCCUCCAUCAUGGAGGUGUUGGCUAACACGGCCGUGGCGGAGAUCUGCGAGCUCGUGGACAGCGGGUACUCGGUGCUGCAGCUGGAGAUCUCGCGGAGCCGUAAAGAGAACGAGGUUCUGCGGAGAAAGCUGCGGCUCAUGGAGCUCAGAGCCGCCCGCGCGACCGCCCUACGGUCCGCGGCCACCGCGAGCGGCACCGCGCUGCUGCUUGGAAGCGGCCGCGCUCGAGCGCAGCUAACAGCGCAUAACCCUGGCAACGAGCUGAGGAGGAACGGUCGACUCGGAGGUAACCGUUUAACGAGUAUUUGACCGUCAAAAACACAAUAACGACUGUGAAACUGCUUAAGUAACACAGACAGGGCGGUUCGUAGUUUCUGCUGUUACCCCCAGUUUCCACCGCAUCCGUACUGUACUAAAACUAUACCUUCCUCCUCCAGGUGAGGCAGUGCUGCGCAGAGUGUCUACCCAGGAGACGCAGCACAGUGGGGACAUCAAUCAAACAUCAGACCCCCCACAAAACACCACACAGGAGGCGGUGAGUAGAGGGCGCUCUCCCUCUGGUUCCGUGUCAUUCUUCAGUCUCUUACUCCUCGGUCUUUCUCCGCUCUGAUUACAGUCGGCUGCAGAUGAGUCGGUCAAACUGACGACUGCUGUGAUCAAAGUGGAGGAUGAUGAUGAUGAUGAACCUUGGUCUCAACCUAAACAGGAAAGUAAGUUCAGAUAAAGUUAGUUAUUAUUUAGAUCUGCCGCACAUCUCAAACCGUUCAUAGUGCAUUUGCAAUCUUCUGUUUUGAAUUUUGGGACUUAGCAGGUUUAUACUGUUGACAUAAGCCAGAGUAAAGACUUUGUGUGUCUUAUCUUUACAAUGAAACUGAGACUCUAGACACAAAUGAAGGGGCGCGCCUCUUUGGGAUGAAUUGAUGUUUGAUAUGUGUUUCAUUGGUAUAGUUCGGUCUGAACUUGCUCUGUUUUGUAUUUCGUGUUCCCCCUUUUAGAAGAUCUUUGCCAUGUUGAUGACAGACCGAAAACAGAUCCAGAAGCUCCUCCUCCUGAGACCAAACAGGAAGUCGCCGACCAAGGAGGCUGUCCGACUCAGGCGUGGGCGAGCGAGGAGGUCAGCUCCACCUCUGUGUCCGUCCAGAAAACAGCAAACACCACCCCGACGUCGGACAGCAGCAGUUUUGACUGUAUCAUAUUCGAACCGCAGCUUCAGCAUGACUCAAUGAUUACCCAGAAUCCUCUGCAUGAGGAACCGAGCUGCUCGUACGUGUUAAACCCCAACGAGACGAUUUCAGCGGUGUCUGAUUCAGGCAGCAGCAGUUUCUCUUUCCCCGUCAGUGAGCUGAGUCUGUCUGUAGCAGCAGGUGUACAGAACGACCAUCAGAGGGCGCCACUGAGAAAAGACGUGAGGCAGAGACUAAGUGGGUUCAUCAGGAAGGACGGUUGGAGACCUCAGGAUGGGGUCAACAGCGUGUCCAGCCACAGUCGAGACGACAACACGGAGAAAACAUUCUCAUGCAGCUACUGUGGAAAGACUCUGGCCUGCCUGAAGAACCUGAGAACCCACAUGAGGGUCCACACGGGCGAGAAACCUUACGUUUGCGCGCUUUGUGGAAAACGCUUCUCCGACUCCAGCAACCUCAAACGCCACCAAAGUGUCCACACAGGAGAGAAACGCUACGGCUGCAUCCACUGCGGCAAACGCUUCGCUCAGUCGGGGUCCCUGAAGGUCCACAUGAGCGUUCACACGGACUGUAAACAGUUCAAGUGUUCGUUCUGCGGGAAGACCUUCAUCUCCGGCAGCCACCUGCGCCGGCAUCUCACUACACACACCGAAGAGAAGCAAUUCGCACCAACGUUUCAGUGACAGAGGGGGAUUAUGGGAAAAUGGUGCCAAAAGAGGUCAAAUGUACGGGAUGGUUUAGUUUUUAACCCUGAUCCUUUGAGGUUUUCGUGACUGUGAUUGGACUCUUAUCAGCAGGAGUCCUCUGCAAUAACAAACAGACACCAUGAAAACGAUGAAGACCAAGCUGGAUCACUCAUCACUCAGUGUCCACUGCAUGUUUAGUGUUUUCACAGUUUUACUACGUGGUUUGUACCGUAGACACUUUGAUAUGUUUUGGUUUUGAGCUGCUUCAUCUCUGCAGUGACAGACCAGCCGGUGUUCUGGUUUUAAGGGUGACCGUGUAAACUGGCGACUUUUGGCCAAAUGUGUCCGUGACUAUAAUGGACACAGCUGCUUCUUCAACACAAACACAGUCCUCUCACAUGUGCUCAAGUUUGUUGUCCUUUCCUCUUUCCUGCGCACAAUUUGCCGUUGGCUACUCAAAUCUCUGUUAACAUGAAAACGGCUUUUUCCAAAAUCUCCACUCUGGCCGGAGUUUUUAAAAAACAUUUAAUUCUCUGUUUGCGUCUAAACCAGUGGUUCUCAACUGGUCUCACUCUUGGACCCACAUUUUCCCAUGGUGCUUAAGUCACGACCCACUUUUAUAGAAUUCAAACCAAGAAAAUUUAUUUUUUAUAAAAAAAAAAAACUUUAAAGACUCAAAUGUUUAACAAAAAUACACCUGUUUUAUUGAGUAAAGGGAAUUUCAGAGCACAUGAACCGAAGACCACAACUGCUGAAGUUGCAUAUACAGAAAAUAUCAAAGGAAUACCCACAAAAUAAGCUGUUUUUCAAAAUAAAAGACAUGUCAAACAUCAGAUGUGCAUUAAAUAUUUUCUUUUUUGACCAGCUGUUUGCGACCCAUCCAGAACGUUUCCGCGACCCACUUUUAAGAAUAAGAAGAACUUUAUUAAUCCCCGAAGAGAAAUUUAGUAGUCUAUUUUAUUAGUCUAUAGUCUAUUCAAUUGUCUGUUUUCCUGACGUUUGGGUCAGGACCCAUCUGUUGAGAACCACUGGUCUAAAUGAAGGGUGCAAACGAUGGUUAAAGCCUCACUUAAAGUGAAGAGGGUCACACUUAGAGCCAAAACACUGGCUGCUUCUGCUGCUGCAAGCAAUCGUGUGUUGACUGUGUCCAACCUCAGCUCAGUCAGAUUUUCACUGAAAAUAAACAUUAACUGUUAAACAUUUA